CAAGCGUCCUGGACACCAACUAGCAGCCACCGACAGAAGAUGGCGGCCUUCACGCAAAAUGUAUGCUUGCGUUUUAAAUUAUUGCGUGUCCUGGAGACGGCCGGCCAGAAGGUACUGACGUUCACCCUCCUGUGCGGGACACCAGGCAAGAACCCAACCGAAACCCUCGUCGAGUACCUCGCCAGGCUUCCUGACACCUCGACGGCCAAAUACAAAAACAUAAAGGAAAAAGGAAAGUACUUCGAUAAGACUCAGAAGGAUAUGAUCAGUAAUGAUACUUCAUGUAGCAACUUUGAUAUUUCCCUGCUCUCUAAAGCGAUCACAGUGGCAUGCGAAGGAUGGGAUGAUAAAGAUAACCUCGCUACGCUGGUCAAAAAGAUAAAGGACACAAGGAAUGUAGUGGUGCAUGAAACACAGGCAACAAUGACUGAACAAAUAUUCCAGAUAAAAAGUUAUGAGAUCCAACAGGUCUUCUUAGAGACCCUUGAUGCCACGGAGGCGAAGUACCCAAGUCUCAAGACACAAGUCGAGUGUGCCAAAAAGAAGACAGAAGUGAAACAGCUGAUCCAUGCUAUCAGGGGUGAGGUCCUCAGUGAGGCUGAAAUACUGAACAGAUCCUUGAACGAUCUACUGCCACAUUUCCGGAAUGAGGCUGACGAGGAACUCAGAAGAGGGCUUGACAAUCAAACGCUCCUGAACCCGCUUUACUUUCUCAGUGGCCAUAAACAGGGCCCAGUGGAUGUACAAUCUAUUUUUUCAGAAAUUAUCAUUCAAGAAGAAAAGAGAAACAUCCAUUUCGCGAAGGUACUCACUCUCGCCCAGAAUGCAUCGCCACACCUCAUACUACUGGAGGGAGAUGCAGGCAGUGGAAAAACAACUUUCGUCACAUACACUCUUUCCGAGUACUUGAAGAAGGAGAGUGAUCGCCGCAUGGAGGGCCUCAACCAGUACCAUCUACUCUUAUGGGUCGUGUGCAGGGAGGAGACUAGCGACACUUUUAAGACUCUGCUGGAGAACCUCAUGCCGGUCGCCUACUACAGGUAUGGCAACCUACUGAUGCCUUUACUGAAACACAGCAGAGUCCUCAUCCUCAUCGAUGGACUCGACGAAAUGAACGAGAAAUCGCGCCCUCUCCUGGAUGACAUCCUGAACCAAGCUAGAGACUUCCCUGACUUAACUUUACUUUCAACAUCCCGCCCGGAAGCUAUACAAAGAAUGAAAAGCAAGUCCAAAAACUUUAAGCUUUCCCAUCUCAAGCUAGAGGGGGUGUCCGUUGAUAUGAGGACGGAGAUGGCGUUAGGGCACUACCGCUGGCUGUGUGGCGCGGGGUCUAGAGACGAGGACGGCAUCAGGAAGGUCAUGAAGCAGAUGGGAUGGAGGCAAAUUUUCAAGCUGCCCCUCAAUAUCCUCUUCCUCGUUACUUUCAUCCAUUACAACCCUCGUAAACUAGAAAGCACCAUAACUCAGACCGAGCUUUACCAAGACAUCCUAAAUUGGUGUGUGGAGAAACUGAGGGCGAAGCUGUUGGGCCGUCAUCCACACCUCACAGAAGACCUCCUGCAGAUUAAUACUGGAAAAUUUUUGAAGCAGUGUUAUGAAAUUGCAAUAAAAGGCCUUAUUCAGGACAAAAUAUAUCUCGAUGAUGAAGAUCGAAGUAACCUGGAAGAGUUCAGUAGUAAAAAUAAACUUCCAAUAGAAGACAUCUUGCCAGCCUUUUACUCCAUGCGGCGGCAAGAGGAACGCGGGAUGACGAAAACACACUACUUCGCUCCACACAAAGGACUACAAGACUUCUUCGCGGCCUGCCACAUUCAUGGAUGCAUUAACAACUACGACCCAGGAGACAUCCGAAAAGAGCUACACAAAAUGGCAGGACAAAACCUACAGCUUGGCCCUCUCAGGAACAUGUUAACUCAUCUAUUGGGGCUCCUCAGCCGUCGCAGUCCCAGUGUCAAGGCGGUGGAGGAAACCGUGGACCUAUUACAAGAAUCUGGGAUGAAUACGACUGAUGACUGGCUGUCUAUGUUGGCGGACACGGAGCCCGCUCUCGACAUCAUGCUAAGGGUGGCAGACCAUAUAGACAGUAACCGUGAUGAUGAUGAUGAUUUUGAUAAAUAUGCUGAUAAUAAUAUAAGAGUAAGUGAGGGCACAAUGCACAUCGCCACUCUCCUUCUGCCUCACAUCCGUCGAAGGGAAGUCACCAUAGACUUGAGGAGGGACCAAAGUGGGAUGAAGGACUUGUUUGCAGCUCUUCAUCACCAUAAAUUAAUCCGUCUAAACUUGCAUCACCACUUCAGACACCCUCGUCCAGACGCUUCCUCGGCUCCCCUGCUGCAACAAGUCCCCGGACGUGACCUGAGGGGGUUUACGGGCCAGCUGGACGCCGACCACUUGACGCUACUCCCUCGAGGCCUGAAGGUGCUGAACUUGUCAGUGGCGGGAGGCAGCCACGCACGGACCCUGCUGCCGGCCCUGGGACACAUCCGCGGGACAUGCCCUCACCUAGCCGGCCUGAACCUCCACGUCCCGGUAUCUCAAGUGACCGUUAUCUGCUUCUCACAACUCCCUGAUGGCCCUGGUGUAUGGCUGUAUCUGUCUGGUGCGGUGAGGGUGCAGGCAGCCGUGGCCGUGGCCGCAACCCUUUGUCCCGGGCAGAGAGGGUAUAGGGGUAUCAGGUUCCCCGGCGCCACGCUGAGGGCCGACGGCUGGGAAGCAGUACUGCGAGGCAUGAAGGACCGCGGCGUGAGGGUGGGGGUGGGUGUUUAUGUACCAGACUGCACCAUCACCAACGACGAGAAGGGCCUGCUGAACACCCUCGCUGAGUCCCUGCUGGGGUGUGGCUUUUACAGGUGGACCGAGGAAGACCUGUGGUACUAGUUCUAGCUUUGCAUCGGGUUCGCGCCGGGCGGGUAGCCGCCCCAGAGAAUCCCAGACGGCCUCCCACCCAGCAGGACGUUGUGAGAUAGCUCACCCGCAGUGCCCCUGAGUUAGCCUUCUGAAGCUUUUCCUUUUCUAAUAGCAUCCAGGUGAGAUGAUUCAGGCAAUUGUUCAACUGCCAACCCUACACUGCACCCAGCAGAUCCUUGGCACAAACUUUAGUACACUGUAUACUUAACACUGCAGGUAGUCCUCACAUCACGAUGGGGUUCGGGACCGGACGUAAGUCAAACAGGUUGCGAGUCGAAAAUUUACAUUAAAUAAAAAAAAAUAUAAAAAAAUUCCAGACGUGGAUAGACCGGCAUUCUCGUGUCUCCUUCCCUUCCCCCUAAUCCCGCCGCUAUCCUCACACGCUCCCCUCACCCAGUCCUUCAGCCACGCAACGCUGUGGAACGUUAUGCAAUGGUCCCAUCAAGUUAUGCCGAUAUGGAGUGUUGCCCAACCUCCCACCAGGCCGCUGCACCGGAGGUUGUGUUGGCGGGGAACAGUGUGGACCCGGGUAUGCGCCAUACUGACGGCGAGUAAAGUGACAGUUCAGUGGCUUCACCUCUGUCCCUAGGAUUGGCGGGCCAUGCCGCCGCCACACUUCCUACCUCCAUGAGCCCAGCCCACCCAGCCUACCCCUGCCUGCCCCAGCCUGAUUGUGCCAAUGUGUGAACAUUUUUUAUUUUUUGCCAUCAGC